UUUCAUCCGCUUCUCGAACUCAAUCAGACGAGAACGGCACAAAAUUAUUUAUUCUAAUUUAUUUAUUUUUUUUACAAUAAAGAUAAGAAUAAAUUAUUUAGGUAAAACUAGAGUUUGUAAAAAAUGAUGGAAAUUUUCAUCUCUUUAGGAACUAUUUUUUCUAUUUUUCUGAAAAAAUGGUGAAUAUCAACAAAACAAAGUAUUAUUUUAUUUAGAAAUUAAAAAAAAAAAAUUAGUAAUUAAAUGUGUCAAAGUGGAGAAGAAAAAAGAAAAGAAAGAAAAAAAAAGGAUGUCGACUCAAUGGACGUCCUGAAUGAUUUACGGUUAUAAUUCUAAUCGCGAAAAUCGAUUUCCUGAGUAGAAGAAUGGCAAGUCAGAGUAUAAACCUUUUCCUAUUGGUCACAAUACUUCCCUUAUGCUUUACUCAUCCAAUGAUAAAAGAUCGAGAGGAGGAACGAUUAUUGUGCGAAACUUGUGGCGAUGAUUGCGACAAAUGUAAAUUUGGCGUCACAUUUUCUUCACUGUGUGAAGUCUGGCAAUGCCAACGGGGUCCUGGUGAAAUAUGUGGUGGACGUGCCGAUAAAUAUGGCGUCUGCGGAGAUGGACUCUCUUGUCAUUGUAAUAAAUGUGUCGGUUGCAGUAUAGACUCGUUGGAUUGUUACGUUAACAAUUGUCUACCACGCACGGAAAUUCAACUCUCACACCCAAAUCAUUUCAAUGAACUUAUUCUUGGGAAGUAAUCGGUAAAUUAUUCUAGACAACAACGCUAGGCAAAUUCAAAUUUCGUUUUAUUUAUUUCAUAUUUCAUUUAAAAUAAUAAAAAAAAGAUCUCAUUACAUAGUUAGACUGCUCGAAGAAUUGUGAUACUUGAUUCCUAAAUUUCCACCCUCAACCCUGUAUUCCUUUCUAUAUUCUAUGAUAGGAAAUUAUUUUUACAUAUGUAAAUUUGUAAAUAUAAUUUAGUUUACUUGACAAAUGUGCUAUAAAUUCAAAGAUUCAAAUGGAAUUUUUAUGUUUAAUAGUUCAUUAAUUUUUAAUUACAAUUUUUUGAAAAUAUUUUAAAUAUAUUAACUGCUUAAUCAUAUACUAUAAAGUGUUAAGGAUGGCGGAAAAGAGAGUGAGACAAAAAUAAUUGAUAGCAUACAGUAGAUCAAAUUGCAAAAUUAAAAUUAAAUGAUUUUUAUUUUCAAAAUAUGCUGCGAAAUUUACAUACCUGUUUUGAAUUAAAAUCAGCAAUAAUCAAACUAUUAACUACUAUUUAAGUAAAAAUAUUCCAAAUGCACUUGAUUUAUUUACUCAUUUUCGUCUAGAUUUAAAUUUAAUGUAAAGACAAUGUUUUUUUUACUUUUGCGAUGGUGUGUGAUGAAAAUAACAGUAUUGUGGGUCUGGAAUUAUGUCAGCUCGCUAAAUACUUGUAUUUAUUUAAUUACUAGUCAGCCAGGUGUGCAUUUAUAGACGAGUUUAUAAAAUGUCAAUAGAAAAGAAUAGACGAAAUAUUUUUGAUGGUCAACUUGUGUUAAGCACUUAUUGUAUUUAAUUGUCAAAUAAAUAAAAAACAAUCUUAAAAUUA